AUGUCGGAAGCGGUGCAGGAGCGAUCGGCAAUAAGCCAGCAGUUCGGCAGUGCUACAGCGAGCGACGGAAGCCGCGUAUUUCAGGGGAACAUCCAAGGAGAUUUUCAUCUGCACCAGCCCCCAGAACCCCUAGAGCGACCAGAAACCCCACCGAACCCGACCGCCGUCAUUCCUUUCAAUCGCGACAGAGACUUCGUCCAACGGAACACAAUCCUCGACCAGGUUCACCGCUUAUGCAGCGAGCCAGCCUCGCGAACUGCACUGGUCGGCUUGGGCGGAGUCGGCAAGUCGCAGAUCGCCAUCGAGUAUACCUAUCAAAUCCGAGAACGAUCGCCUAAGACGUGGGUUUUCUGGGUCCAUGCAAGUAGCGCACCUCGUUACGAGCAGAGUUUCCGAGACAUUGCAGACUACCUCAAGCUACCCGGCCGGACGAGUCCUCAAAAUAACAUCUUUUAA